GCAGCGCCAUGGCCCCAUGACACGUGUAAAAGGAGUGACAACUGUACCGUUCUUUUGUUCCCAUCACCGCCUCCAAAGCCUUCAUUCCCUUUCGUUUCAAUUCCAACCAUCUUCUUCUUCUUAGAUCACCUGAAUUCUAGACCUUUGAAAAGCCAUAGAGUUUCGAGAGCUGGGUUUUCGUUGUAAUUUAUGGAUAAUUUCAGGGCGAGAGAGUUGCAGAUUUCUCAGUUAACCGUUGAGAGGCCAAGCCAGUUUGCUGCGCCGGACGAGGACCCUCCAUCAGACCUGGGUACUCCGGCCACAACAGAAACUAUGUCUACAGAAUGGACGGAUGAGAAACACAGUAUGUACCUGAAAUCUAUGGAAGCAUCAUUUGUUAACCAGUUGUAUAGUUCCAUGGAUUCGCGGGGUUGGCACUCACAAAAGGGAAGUUUUUUGCAUCCCAAAUCAUUAAGGCAACCCCAGUUCAAUUCUCGAGCCCCUUCUGGCCAGUUUAAGGUACUUCGAGGUGGCUGCUGGCAGAAAAUCAAUUUUGUAAGAGCUGAAGCUGAAUUAAAUAAGGCAGAUGGAUCUUGUGGUGAUCUUCUGGAAAAUCCGUGGGUGCUGCACUUCAGAUCUUCCUGCAAGACCAAAGAAGUUGAAUCUCCCAUUGUCCAAGAAGCAGUUGCAUCUGUAAGUGAGGAAGUUGAUUCAAUUGGGAAGAAGGAAAUGCCCUGUGCACCAGCUACUUGUUCAAAGCAUUUUCGUGCAUCUCGCUCUCAGUUGUGCCAUCAGGAUAUGGUUGGAGGCAACACAGGUGCUCUCAGCUAUAUUUUGAAGUGUCAGACCAGAACUUUGUUGAUGAAGAUAUCAAAGAAGAAAAAACUCUUGGUUCAUGUGAUGCUAAGAGGAUGAAAGCUCUUAUACUCGAUGUUGCAAAUAACGAUCAGGUUGUUCCACUGCGCAAGCCUGCUGAUACCUGAAGAUGUAACUAAGAAUAAUAUUUCUAGAGCUAGAUGAAGGGGACCCUGUAAGAGACAAUGGAUGCAUUGUAUGAUUACGUUCUAACCUAUGAAUAAUGGAUGGAGACAGCAUAUUGACACUAGAGACCAAGUUUUAAGGUGUUGUUGUGUAGAGGCAUACUUGUACAUGUAUGUCAGAGAGGGAUAGAGAUAGAGAGAGAUUAAUCAAGGCAUUUAUUCAUAUGUUUUGAACAUUAGUACGAGUGGCAUCAGUGCGACAAGAGUAGGAACAGGGCGGCAGAAUGUGCUGUUACUAUGCCUGUACAGAUUUUGUUCUCACAUUUUAGUCAUUAUUGUUAGUACCAUUGCUAAGCUCUAGCACUGCUGUACUGGUGGAAUGUAGUGUCUCAUUUUUCUCUCUUCUUUGGCGAGGCAGAAACCCAGAGUUUAGACAUGCUGAUUCUACUGCAGAUCGGGACUUUCUUCACUGCAAUGAAUUUUGUACUAAGCCAUGAUGAAUGUAUACAGUUGUAUUGAUUUUGCAAAUGGGUCACAAACACAAUAUACGUUGUGUGGGGGGAGAACAGAAUUCAUCUGUUCAAGAAGUUAUUGUUCAUGUAAUUUAUGUUGGGGUGA